AUGUCCCUCCCAGAGAGGCCGGGGGCGUCCUCGCGGACCUCGUACGAGCAGCGAACCUCGUACCGACACUCAUCCACGCGGCGCACCCGUCCGGCGGACGUCGAAACGGGAGGAGGCUACUAUGCUGUCUCAAGACAAACUCAUUCACGUGCGCAUUCGGGAAAUUCUGCAGAGACCAUACAGAAUCCUAAUGGUACCACAGAGAACCUGCCACUGUCGCCGUCCGCUGACCAGGAAGGAUUUGGCGCUGACAGUCAGGGGCUCUCGCGCAAAAGAAGUUUGAUCAAACCAGAGAGGAAUAAGAUUGGCAAAGACCAUCCCAACUAUCACUACCGAAAGCAUGCAGCAAAUAUGGAGGUUUUGCCCUCCUCGACGGGAAACGAUCCAAUCCUGGAGGACUUUGAGGGCACGACCGACCACUCUGGUGGCAUGAGAACGGCCGAGGUCGAAUCGCAAGACUCGCCGCCACGGAGGCAGCGUAGCGGGGACGAAAAGCACCGGCCGCGCGCGACCGCACAAAGGAGGAAGUCCUCUGGCGGAAAACUGUCAAAGUCAAAGUCCACCAAAGGCGCUCGAAAACAAAAAAGUGAGGAAGUAAUCAGACCGCCGAGUAUUUGGAAUGUCUACUGUGCCAUUGUCACUUUCUGGUGCCCGGACUUCAUACUUGGAUGUUGCGGGUUUAGGGCUAAGGCACAGAAACGAGCGUGGAGAGAGAAAAUGGGCCUCAUUAGCAUUAUCUUGCUGAUCAUGGCUUUCGUUGGAUUCUUGACAUUCGGCUUCACUCAAGUAGUCUGCGCAACCACAAGCGUCCGUCUUCGCAUCAACGAAGUCGAUAGCGGCUACAUGAUUUUCCACGGUGUUGCCUAUAACCUGGUGGAUUCUGGACAUCCAGUCGCGGAGGGCAUUCCUCUGUCGGAAAACGGCUCGCUUCCAAAUGUCUUGUACGACUUGCCAGAAAAGUAUGGCGGCCAGGACGGAAGUUUCCUCUUCCAAAAUGUCAAUGGCAAGUGCAAAGGUUUGAUCACGCGCACAAACGACUCGGAUAUCCCUACAAACAGCAAUGAUGAUCUGGGCUGGUAUUUCCCAUGCAAAGCUUUCAACCAAGAUGGUUCAUCGUCGCCCAACACUUCGACGGAGUAUUAUGUUGGAUAUGCCUGCCACACCAGCGAGACUGCUCGUGAUACAUUCUACCUCGACCUCGAUGGCACUGCUGAUGUCUUCUUUCAAUGGGACGACAUCAAGAACAGCAGUCGAAACCUAAUGGUAUACUCGGGCAACGUUCUGGAUCUUGAUCUUCUCUAUUGGUUCGACGACACGCAGGUCGACAUUCCCGACCGUUUCAAGGAGCUCAGGGACCGCACCACAAGAGCAAAUGCUGCGGUGCAUGGACGAGACAUCACGCGCGCAUUCCAAUCGAGCGGUGACAAAGAGAUUGCCGAAUGUUUUGAGGAGAUCAUUAAAGUCGGUAGUGUCGACACAGAGACCGUGGGCUGCAUAGCAUCCAAGGUCGUUUUGUACGUCUCUUUGAUCCUCAUCUUGUCCGUUGUCCUGGUGAGAUUUGUUCUGGCCCUGGUUUUCCAAUGGUUCAUCAGUCCAAAGUAUGCCGCUGUCAAGACUUCGCAAUCAUCGAGUAAGAAAAAGCGGAACCAGCAAAUAGAAGAUUGGAGCGAAGACAUCUACCGCGCACCACCACGAAUGGCAGGCGACAUUGGCAGCACUGUGGCUGCCAGUUCAGACAGGACGAGCAAGCGCACGAGUACCUUCUUGCCCACAACGUCUCGCUUCUCGGCAGUCUAUGGAGUAGACAAACCUACGCGGCGGCCUCAGCCCACUACGAUGGCUAGUCAAGCUUCCACUGGACCUCUCCUACAUCCCAAUUCCAUGUACAAGCAAACCAACGACAGCAGAGCCAGUUUUCUCAACUCAGCGGAUCCUUACUCUAGCCGUACCAGCCCCUUGGAUGGGUAUGGUCCCGCUGGCUUCAUCCAUGAUGCUGUGGUGCCGCAGCCCCCCUCCGACUACCAACCCUUUGGCUUCCCUCUGAUUCACUCCAUCUGCCUUGUCACCGCUUACUCUGAGGGUGAGCUUGGUCUGAGGACUACUCUCGACUCCAUCGCAUGCACCGACUACCCCAACAGCCACAAGGUGAUUCUCGUUAUUUGCGACGGCUUGAUCAAGGGACAGGGCGAGACCAUGACCACUCCAGACAUUGUGCUUGGAAUGAUGAAGGAUCAUAUCAUCCCUCCUGAUGAAGUAGAAGCAUUCUCCUACGUGGCUGUUGCUUCCGGUGCAAAGAGGCACAACAUGGCCAAGAUCUACGCUGGUUUCUACGACUUCGGUGAGAAAUCUGCUGUUUCUAGGGAAAAGCAGCAGCGCGUGCCGAUGAUGCUCGUUUCCAAGUGCGGCACUCCUGAUGAAGCAAAAAAGGCCAAGCCUGGCAACCGAGGCAAGCGUGACAGUCAGAUCAUCCUCAUGUCCUUCCUCCAAAAGGUCAUGUUUGAUGAGCGUAUGACUGAGCUCGAGUUUGAGAUGUUCAACGGUCUCUGGAAGGUUACUGGUAUCUCGCCGGACUACUACGAGGCUGUGCUCAUGGUUGAUGCCGAUACCAAGGUCUUCCCCGACAGUCUGACGCACAUGCUUUCUGCCAUGGUCAAAGAUCCGGAUAUCAUGGGUCUCUGUGGUGAGACCAAGAUUGCAAACAAGAGAGAUAGUUGGGUGACUGCGAUUCAAGUCUUUGAAUACUUCAUCUCUCACCACUUGGCCAAGUCCUUCGAGUCAGUAUUUGGUGGUGUCACCUGUUUGCCCGGUUGUUUCUGCAUGUACCGCAUCAAAUCCCCAAAGGGUGCACAGAACUAUUGGGUGCCAAUUCUCGCCAAUCCUGAUAUUGUUGAGCACUACUCUGAUAACGUGGUCGACACCCUCCACCGGAAGAACUUGCUCCUGCUGGGAGAGGAUCGAUACCUGACGACUCUCAUGCUCCGCACAUUCCCCAAGCGCAAGCAGGUGUUCGUCCCCCAGGCCGUGUGCAAGACGACAGUUCCUGAUCAGUUCAUGGUUCUGCUGUCUCAGCGACGAAGAUGGAUCAAUUCGACCAUUCACAACUUGAUGGAACUUGUACUGGUCAAGGAUCUUUGUGGUACUUUCUGUUUCAGCAUGCAAUUCGUCGUCUUUGUCGAAUUAAUUGGUACUCUGGUGCUUCCCGCCGCAAUCGCCUUCACCAUCUAUGUCGUCGUCAUCUCAAUUGUUCAUUCGCCGCCUCAGAUUAUUCCUCUUGUUCUUCUGGGCUUGAUUCUAGGCUUGCCUGCUGUUCUGAUCGUAUGUACCGCGCAUUCGUGGUCAUAUGUCGUUUGGAUGGCGAUUUACCUCUGCUCGCUGCCCAUCUGGAAUUUCGUUCUACCGACCUACUCGUUCUGGAAGUUCGAUGACUUCUCAUGGGGUGAUACCAGAAAGACAGCCGGUGAGAAGACGAAGAAAGCUGGUCUGGAAUAUGAGGGCGAGUUCGACAGCAGCAAGAUCACAAUGAAGCGAUGGGCUGAAUUUGAGCGAGAGCGCCGGCUCAGAGACAACUUCUGGCAGUCCAAGGAGAACCUUGCUGGCGGUGCUUACUCGACGACACCAGACAUGUCCUAUCGCCAUCCUUACGACGAUCAUUACUAUGACGAUGCGUGA